GCCAGGGCUGGGCGGUGUCUGCCGAGGCUCCCUCUGCUUGGCCCAAUCGGCCGGAGCCGCGCUGACACCCGAGCAACUGCGGCGCCGAAAGGUGGAGGCGGCGGGCCGGGAGGCCAGAGCCGGGACAGCGAUCCGCCAUGGAGGCCCGCUACAACCUAAAGAGUCCGGCUGUUAAGCGUUUAAUGAAAGAAGCAGCAGAAUUAAAAGAUCCAACAGAUCAUUACCAUGCACAGCCAUUAGAGGAUAACCUUUUUGAAUGGCACUUCACAGUUAGAGGGCCCCCAGAUUCUGAUUUUGAUGGAGGAGUUUAUCAUGGACGAAUAGUACUGCCCCCAGAAUAUCCCAUGAAACCACCGAGCAUUAUUCUUUUAACGGCUAAUGGACGAUUUGAAGUAGGCAAGAAAAUCUGUUUGAGCAUCUCAGGACAUCAUCCUGAAACUUGGCAGCCUUCAUGGAGUAUAAGAACAGCAUUACUAGCCAUCAUUGGGUUUAUGCCAACAAAAGGAGAGGGAGCUAUAGGUUCUCUAGAUUACACACCAGAGGAAAGAAGAGCACUUGCCAAAAAAUCACAAGAUUUCUGUUGUGAGGGAUGUGGCUGUGCCAUGAAGGAUGUCCUUUUGCCUUUAAAAUCUGGAAGUGAUUCAAGCCAAGCUGACCAAGAAGCCAAGGAACUGGCUAGACAAAUCAGUUUUAAGGCAGAAGUCAAUUCAUCUGGAAAGACUAUUGCUGAGCCGGACUUAAACCACUCUUUUUCACUAAAUGAUUUACAGGAUGAUAGACCUACAGCAUUCCAGGGUGCUGCAGCAAGUACCUCGUAUGGAACCCAGAACCCCUCAGCAGCAUCCCUUCAACAACCUGCUCAGCCUGUUGUUAAGAAUACCUCCAUGAGCCCUCGACAACGCCGAGCCCAGCAGCAGAGUCAAAGAAGGUCAUCUACUUCCCCAGAUGUGACCCAGGGCCAGCAGCCAAGAGACAACCACACCGAUCAUGGCGGAUCUGCUGUUCUGAUUGUCAUCUUGACUUUGGCAUUGGCAGCUCUUAUAUUCCGACGAAUAUAUCUGGCCAAUGAGUACAUAUUUGACUUUGAGUUAUAAUAUUGUUUUGUGUCUUAAGAGCUGUGACUCAACUGCUUCAUUAAACAUUCUGCAUUGGGUAUAAUCUAAGAAUUGUUUACAAAAAGAUUAUUUUGUAUUUACCCUUCAUUCCUUUUUUGAUCCUUAAAACUUCAGUAUAGAUAUAGCUAGACUUUCAGACUGUGUCUGCUUAGUUUAAGGGACUGGAAGUCAAAGUCCCUUGUCUCACCGUAUGACCUACUUUACAGAGAAAUAACUUACUGUUGUUUCUCAUGCCUCAGCUUCUUUUUAUGUAAAUCUGUGAUACUUUUCUGUAUGACUCUUUGAACUUUUUGGAUUAAAGAGGGUGUUUUAAGUUCCAGUGAGUAUUACUAGUUACUCAAUACCCUUUAUUGAGUACUCUGUUUCUACUUAUGUAGAAUGAUAUAGGGAUAAGAGUUGAAAAGGGAAAGUAGAGCUCUUCAAAUAGCUUGCUGAGAAUGUCAUUCACAGGAGAUAUACUGGGAUGCCCAUUAUGUGACUUACUUUAUGUCCUAAAUGUUGUUCAGUGAAAGUAACUAUUUCAGUCAAACAUUUAUGAGGAAAUGAGAUCACAUCUUUGUUAUUGGGUGGGAAUAAUGCUUUGUAACCACUUUGAUGUGCUGUUAUCCCCUUCUCUCCCGAAUGCACACAAGAUUUACAAAGAAAGGAAACAGUCCUCUAUAGAUCUUUUUUUAAGGAAAGAAGGGUCCAAGCCAGGAAAUCACUUGAUUUUCUUCCAGAAGUCAAAUGGAAGGAUGUUCAGAUUUUAAUGUUUGCUCUGCUUUGAAUUGUAUCUCUUUUGAAGGUAUUAUAUGCCUAGCUUUGUAAUCACUAUAAAUUUAAUUAUUCCAGGAAUAUGUAUAAUGUCGAAAUAUUUCAUGUACCAUUUUAACAGAAAAGCUCAGGGCCCAAGUAACAGUGAUAGAAAUUAGAAAAACCUUUACUUAGAAUUGUCCACCUAAUCAAAGCCCAAGAAAUAAUUUUCAGUGCAAAAUCAGUAUAUAAGUUAGUGCUAGCUAGCUCCACGGAUUCUAGCAGGUAAUUUUAUCAUUAUAAUGCUUGGUGAGAACAUAUAAUCACAGAAAACCAUUGCCUUCAGCAAUGGUUCAGUAGCAGCAUUGAGGGCACUCUUGAGAGUAUUUGUUAAUGAAGAUUUAAUUUUUAAAUACAGGCAGUCCCCUGCUUUCAAGUAGGGUAUGUUCUAAAAGUGCAUUUGUGAGUAAUUUUUUUUUUUUUUUUUUACAACUCAAUGUUGUAAAUGGCGUUCAGGUUCUAGACAAGUCCAAAAGUUAGUCCAUAAUGUAUCUUGAAUACUUUGGGGAUGGUGUUCAUAAAGUCCUUAAUGUAGUUUUAGCUAACUGAAAUUAUGGGCAAGAUAGAAACAAUUUGUAAAAUGGUAUUAAAGGCAAAUUUAAUUUUUACUGCUUCUAUGGACUUUGGCUCUGUUAAUUAUAAGACACAAUUUCUAUUUUCAUCUAAUAGCCAUUUUUCCUUUAUGUCCAUACCUAAAGUAAGAACAUACUGUAUACUAUUAUAUAAUACAUAAUUGUCUUAAACUUUAAUAAAUUAGCAUUUUAAAAGUGUUUACAGAUUGUUUCUGUUAUAUCUACAGCCAAAGUUGGUAAAGUCUUAAAAAGCUCAAGGACUUUAUGAGGACCUCCUAUGUCAAGAGAAUUAUAGGUGACCAUUUUAUAACUUUAUUGCCAUGAGAAAGCACAUUCUGAAGUCUUGGUUUGGAACACAAAAUAUUAAAGAUAUUGGUUCAGUGGUCUCCUAGCAAGAGGUCACUGACCCACCGGGGAAAACCAAAUAAUGUUAUCACCUGAGAAGAAGCAAGUCCCCCUGCUCUCAACCUAUGCUGAGAUUAAUCGUGUGCUAGGAACAAUCUUCCCUCCACUUCCUCUCAGUCAAACCUGAGCCGGUCUCAGGAUCUAUGUGAUCUUGUUACAUGUUUCUGUGGGGUGUACCAAUACUUUAAGAUUCAUUAAGCCAAGAAGAUUUUGCACUGUGCAGGUCCUUUAUCUGAUUUGCCUCUCUUCCCUCCCCUAUCAACUGACAGGCCACCUUCUUUUUUGUGUUGGCAUUUUUUAAGCGCCUGAUACACAUAUCUGAAAGUGACAUUUUUUU